AUGGGUCAGCACAGCACGCCCCCCACGCGUGGGCCUGGGUUUAUGAUCACCCCCUCCUCUAUCGAGUUUUCGGUUGGCGGCAUUUCUACGCUGCACGCGGACGCUUUCUAUCCUACACGUUUACCCGAUCCCGUUAAUUGCGAGAAGGCCCCAUAG